GGAGCGAGGCUUACUUCGGGCACCGGCCGGCAGUACCUGGAGCUGGAGCUGGGCCGCGGGGCACUGCUGGUGCGGGAGCGCAUGGACCGCGAGGCGCUCUGCGAGCUGAGCCCCAUCUGCUUCCUCAGCCUGGAGCUGGUCAUCGAGCAGCCCAUUGAGGUACACAACGUGGAGGUGGAAGUGCUGGACAUCAAUGCAAAUGCACCGUGCUUCCCCCGCCAGGAUUCCCGGCUGGCGCUGACACAGCUGGUGCUCACUGCUGUGGAUGGUGGGGGCCCGCCUAAGUCUGGUACAGCCCAGAUCUCUGUGCGUGUUGUGGAUACCAAUGACAACCCACCUACCUUUGACCGUUCCACCUACACCGUGAGCCUUCUGGAAAAUGCCCUGCCUGGCACGCUAGUGGUCAAACUCAAUGCCUCAGACCCUGAUGAGGGCUCCAACGGGGAAGUGGUCUACUCCUUUGGCAGCUACACCCCACAGAAGGUGAGGCAGCUCUUUAGUGUGGACCCACACUCAGGGGAGGUGCGGGUUAAUGGUACUUUGGACUACGAAGAAGCAUCCUCCUAUGAGAUCUAUGUGCAAGCUGCUGAUCAGGGCCCUGUCUCUAUGGCUGGACACUGUAAGGUGCUGGUCAACAUUGUGGAUGCCAAUGAUAAUGCUCCUGAAGUGGUCCUGACCUCCCUGUACAGCCCAGUUCCAGAGGAUGCAAAAGCCGGAACUGUGGUGGCCCUGAUGAGUGUUACUGAUCAGGACUCAGGGCUGAACAAGCAGGUGAGCCUACGUAUUCCCCCUGGCCUCCCCUUCACACUCAACUCUUUCAAGAACUCCUAUACCUUGGUGACCCAGGGCAAUCUGGACCAUGAGAAAGCAGAAGCCUACAACAUCACAGUUACAGCUACUGACUCUGGGACGCCCUCUCUCUCCUCCCAGAAGGUGAUCCAUGUGGAGAUCUCAGACAUCAAUGAUAAUCCUCCACGCUUUGAGGAACCUGUGUACUCAGUUUACAUCCCUGAGAACAACCCCCUUGGAGCUUUUAUGUGCACUAUCAAAGCCACUGACCCAGAUGUCGCUGAAAAUGCCUAUGUGUCCUAUUCUCUACUAGAUGGGGAGAUUGAAGGGCUACCUGUAACUUCCUAUGUUUCCAUUAAAUCUGACAGUGGCAACAUGUAUGCUGUCAGGUCCUUUGACUAUGAGACACUAAGGGAAUUCCAGGUGGUUGUCCAGGCUCAGGAUGCUGGGAUUCCACCACUGAGCAGCACUGUCACUGUCUACAUCUAUGUGGUAGAUGAGAACGAUCAUGCUCCACAGAUUCUGUAUCCUACCUCAACCAACACUUCAGCAGCCCUGGAGAUGAUCCCACGCUCGGCAUAUGCUGGAUAUUUGGUAACCAAAAUUAUAGCCAUUGAUGGGGACUCAGGACAAAAUGCCUGGUUGUUCUUCCACCUGGUGCAAACCUCAGAUCCAGGUUUGUUCAGGGUAGAGCUCCAUACUGGGGAGAUUAGGACUACUCGCAAACUGGGGGAGGACAGCACACCUACUUUCAACCUGACGGUGGAGGUGAGAGACAAUGGAGAACCACCGAUGUCCUCAUCAGUAGCCAUCACUGUUGCCGUGGUGGACAGAGUUUCCAAAAUCAUCCCUGAUAAAAGAAGGCACUUAAAAAGUCCAAGCAAUUACUCAGAGAUCACUAUUUAUCUCAUUAUUGCUUUGAGCGCCAUCUCCUUUGUUUUCCUUUUCACAAUCAUUGGGCUUACUGUUAUCAAGUGCUACAGAUACAGUCUGUAUGGGGACUCAUGCUGUGGAGGGUUCUGUGGGGUCAGAGAACGGUCCCCUACUGAAUUAUACAAGCAGGCCAACAACAACAUCGAUGCUAGGUUGCCUCAUGGUUUAAAAGUACAACCCCAUUUUAUUGAAGUGAGGGGCAAUGGGUCUCUCACUAAGACCUACUGCUAUAAGGCAUGCCUAACAGCAGGCUCGGGAAGUGACACUUUUAUGUUUUACAAUACCUGUGGCCCAACAGGAACUACUGGUCCCUCUGCAGUCAUGACUGAGAGGCAUCUGACAGGACAGAGUGGGCAGAGCGCACAAAACCUGAUCAUACUUAAAAAUGACUCCAUUACGCCUAACGAGCCAAAACAUCCUAAUCCUGACUGGCGCUACUCUGCAUCCCUAAGGGCAGGAAUGCAAAGUGCUGUGCAUAUGGAAGAAGCAGGAAUCCUACGUGGAGGACCAGGAGGGCCUGAUCAACAGUGGCCAACAGUGUCCAGUGCUGCUACAGAACCUGAGGCAGGAGAGGUGUCCCCCCCAGUGGGAGCUGGUGUGAACAGCAACAGCUGGACCUUUAGAUUUGGACCGGGCAGUUCCAAACAAGGUGGUCCUGGUGAGUUGCCAGACAAAUUCAUUAUCCCAGGAUCUCCUGCAAUCAUCUCCAUCCGGCAGGAGCCACCAAACAGCCAAAUUGACAAAAGUGACUUCAUAACCUUUGGCAAGAAGGAAGAGACCAAGAAAAAGAAGAAAAAGAAGAAGGGGAACAAGACUCAGGAGAAAAAAGAAAAGGGCAACAGCACCACUGAGAACAGUGACCAGUGAGGGGUUUAUACUGAAAUAAACCAUUUAGCCAGUUUUUGUAAUAAUGGCGUAUUUCUCCUAUGUAGCAACUCCCAACUUCUUCCUACUGUUAACAAAUUUCCUGUAUGUACAGACUUGAGAAAAUCAGCAGGAAUGUCUAAAUUGCUUAACAGGUUUUGUCUUAAAAGCUUUAUUAAGUCUGGUGUUAACUCUUUUUCUCCACUCUGGCUUGUUUUCAGAAUCUAAAAAGCAGACACAAGUUUCCUUUCUCCUACGCCGAAAAGGAGAAUCUUCACAGUACAGCCAGUGAGAGGUUGGACUCUGCACUGUGGUUCCUGUGCUCCUGUCUUGAUGACACUUACAGGACAGGUUUAAAAGUUUUAAUGUUGUGCACCCUCUAUCUGAUUGAAAAUAUUUGUGUGCAGAUGUCAGCUAGGUUAUAUGAGAUCAGAUUAUAAAAUGCAAGAAGAGCUGAUAAAUACGCAACAGAGGAAACACCUAAUGAACACAAAUGUUCAAAGAUGUUCAGGCUGGGGAGGAAAUAUCUGAAAGGAGAUGACCAGACUUUUCGAAUCUUGAGAAGUCACUGUGUGGAAAUACUGAGUCCUAUACAUGAAGUAUUAUACACACCCCUGCAAAUAAAACCUCACAUUUACAGCUCUUUAAGAUACCAUAAAUUUUAUCUCUUAUCAAGGAAGCCAUUGGGACAAUUGUCCCUUGAAGCCUUGCAUUACCCUGGCAUGGCUAGCCCUCAGAGUGUAAGAAGGGCUGGGCUGACAUCCCAGGAAUGUAACUGACUGUGAAGCUCUGUGUCCCUAUUUCCACUCUAACAUGAUUUUGCACAUUAUGUCUCUGAAAAGGUCAGAGUUUUUCCAUGACACUUAUGCAAAAGAGAGAAAAAAAAAUGUUAACUAUGCUAUUUGUUGAGAUAUUUAUUUAUAAAGAAAUAUAGCUGUAAAUGUUGAAGAAAUAUGAUGCCCUUUAACCCAAACAGAAGUCAGUCUAGAGCCAUUAUAAGUUACAAUUGCUGCUAUUAAAGUGCUUUAGAAAAAUUGCCUGAAACAUCUGUAUUGUAUCGGCCACUUGCCAAUAACAGCUUUAUUCUGUCGGGUGACUUGGGGGCUGCCUCUUGCAUGUAUUAAUAAAUACAAGAAUAUCUUUUCUCUGUUCUUUUUUAUUUUUUAUUGCAUUGAUCUGCACUUUGAAUACACCUUUGCAAACAAACUGUCCUAAUAUAAAGAAGCAGAAGCAAACUCCUCACACAAACGGAAUUACUAACUUGCUAGCUUUGUGCAGUACCUUCGUGUUACCUCCUACACAACCUUUUCUGACUUUAGUUUAACUUUUCUAUGAGAUUAUGAAUUUCUGACCCUAUUAACACUCAUUAUGUAAAAUUCAAGUACUGUAUGUAUGCUGUAUGCUCUUACAAGAAUCCUGAAAUAUUUAUUCUGUGCUUGUGUAUGUGAAUGUCAAUGCAACUAUUAUUAGAGUGGACAUUAAGCUUUACCAUUGAAUGUAAAUUCAUUAUUUCUUUUUUGUACACUUGUGGAAAAGUGGAGUAGUGUUAAUUUUUUAAGCCACUGUUGAUUAUCAGUUUUUUGUGUAUGAAACACAAGUAAAAUAUCUUUCUUAAA